UUGAAUUUACCGCGCUAAUCGAUCAGUAUAUAAACAAUCGAGAAUUUGGCGGUUACAAUUAGUUCGAUCGAGUGAUCGCGAGGAGAGGGUUCUGUACCAAAAAAUGAAGUGCAAGAGUCAGUUAACCUGUAUACAGCGAUGCGCUAUCAACUCUCGGAUGGUUGUCAAAAGUGCUCGGAAUUCGAAGAUCGUGGACCAACUGAAUGAAGGAGAUCAAUUACGGACCACGAGGAAUACCUCCGAGCAAUCUCGUUCCUUUUUCACUGACGGUGUUCACAGUUUUUCGACUGUCAUAACGAGGACAUUAGUAUCGCGUGCAACAGCCCGUGCAACACUCAGCGCAGCUUGCGGAGCUUUUUCAUCAAACGUCCAAUACGAAGAAGCCGGCAACGAUGUUCAAGUUGGCACAUCUUUUAUAGGGGUGAGUUCGAAGAUAAAAUUCUUGAGAAAUAUACUUUUUAAAAAGAAGGAAAAACACAAUGAACAGUUUCCGGAAAAGAAGGAACAACGUUUUGCGAGUUUAAAAAAACUGCCUGGCACAGUAAACUAUCCUCGUUCCAGAGAACACUCGCGUGAUUUAACGGAUAACGAGUUCGGGUUUGCUCGUCCUAAUGAGACACGGAAACAGAAAGGGCGUGAUUUCCCUUCGAGGAACAGGAAGAACCAAUGCUGCUGUGCUUUUUUGAAAACUCAUAUCUAAGCUUUCUUAUGGUAUAUCUUCAAUCUUAAAUUUUUUUCACAAUGACUACAUGCUUAUGAAUACUGUUACAAAAUGGGUGAUUCAUCACUGAAGUAAUGCAUUGACGGGUCAUUGUUUGCUGUAAUUGGCAAUUAGUCAUUUUGUAUUAACAAUGUUAAAUAGCUUGUGCAGUCAUUUUUAUUAAACCUUA